AUGAAGUUUGACAUCAAGAUCAUCAGCGACUCAGUCUGCCCGUGGUGCUACGUGGGGAAGCGGCGCCUCGAAGCCGGCAUCGCGGCGUACAAGUCGGCGCACCCGGGCAGCGACGACACCUUCAGCAUUUCCUGGCACCCCUUCUACCUCGACCCCAACGCGCCGCGCGAGAGCGAGGUCAAGCGGGACCGCUACGUGCGCCGCUUUGGCGAGGCCCGGUUCGCGCAGGUCCAGCAGACGCUGGCCGCCGUGGGCCGCGACGCCGGCAUCAGCUUUAGCUUUGGCGGCCGGACGGGCCACACGCAGGACUCGCACCGCCUGAUCCGCUACGCCCGGCACCAGGGCGGCGCCGACGCCCAGAACCGCGUCGUGGACGAGUUGUUCAAGCGCUACUUUGAGCUCGAGCAGGAUAUCACGGACCAGGCCACGCUGCGCAGUGCCGCCGAGGCCGCCGGCCUGGAUGGCGACGAGGUCAAGCGUUAUUUGGAUUCGGACGAGGGUAUCGACGAGGUUGAGGCCGAGGUCACGAGGGCGCAGCAGGUGGGCGUCACGGGUGUGCCCAACAUCAGGAUCAAUGGGCAGUUUGAGGCACCUGGCGCGGUGGACGCCGAUGUCUUCAAGCAGAUUUUUGAGAAACUUGUCGAGAGAUCAGGGUAG